AUGGAGAAUCCAAUUCAUCAGUUUUACUCUCGACUUUCAGGUACUCCAGCACCAGCUAGAAAUCGAUCUCAUACAACUGCAGUUAAGGAUCGCGGACCGGAAGAUAAAAACAGGGCACUUGAUACUCAAGCGCCGAUAACGAUGGGUGAUGAGGAUGACGAACAGACUGGUAUUCAUGGUAAAUGUCAGAUGAUCAUCUGUGAUAAGGAACAUCACGAUAAACCCAAAUAUAAACAGAAGGAGUUCAUGCGACCGAAGUAUGGAGCCGUAAGUUUCGAUGUGAUCGAUGCGGUCAACGCUCGUCUGGCUGCAGUGAGUGGAAAUGCCGAUAUAUUCAACAAUUUACGGGUUGAAACAUCGGUUGAGAACAACGAGAAACGCAACGGUGAUGCUGAGAAGUUGUAUCGUCGAACUGAUUGA